AUGCUCUCCUAUAGCCUUCCAUCGGCUGGCCGAUUCCUGCCUCUUCUGCUGCUAUUGGAACAAUUGAUUGUCCCCACAGUUUGGGCUCUUCCAAGCCAAGCACAGGUAAUCAGCCAGAAGAGCUUCAACGUCUUGAGCGUGACAAAGCCGCCCACGGAGGUUAACGGGACAAACGUGUUUAUUCCUCCUGGUUCGACACUGGAAAGUCUGCUUGAGCGGCCAUUCCACGUGUACGAUGACGAGUUUUUGGGCAUUCUGGGUGAAAAACCACACUUGACACGAAUUGCGCAUUCUUCAAAAGAUCCCCUAUUUCAUGAAGCGGUUGUAUGGUACAAAGAAAGCAAUGAAGUCUUUUUUGUCCAGAAUGCCGGAUCUCCCGAUGCUGGCACAGGUCUUAACAAAUCGUCAAUCAUCGAAAAAGUCGAUCUUGAAGAGGUAGCUGCUGUGACUAACAUGACAAAUGCCGUGGGCCACGUCAAGGUUCAAACAGUUCCAUCAUCACCCAUGGUGGUCAAUCCCAACGGAGGCACAAACUUUCGAGGAAAUAUUAUUUACGGUGGUGAAGGGCAAGGUGACAAUAUAGGUCCUGCGCUAUGGGUCAUGAGCCCAAAAGCGCCGUACAACACAACCAUUCUACUCAACAAUUAUUUCGGCCGCCAAUUCAACUCUUUGAAUGACAUAGCUGUGCAUCCCAAAAACAAAGAUGUCUAUUUUAUUGAUGUAACAUACGCCUACCUGCAGGACUUCCGUCCCUCGCCUGGUUUGCCGAAUGAGGUAUAUCGAUUCAAUCCGGACACAGGUGCCGUGACGAUUGCUGCAGAUGGAUUUAUACGUCCAAACGGCCUGACUUUCUCACCGGACGGUAAAUAUGCAUACGUAACCGAUACGGGUUCUGCUAAAGGGUUUUACGGCAACGAUUACACCAAGCCUGCCUCUAUUUACCGAUUCGACGUUGUAGAGGAUGGCACACUCGAGAACCGCAAAACAUUUGCCUAUGUUAGCCCUGGUAUUCCCGAUGGGAUCAACUGUGACACACAGGGCAAUGUGUACGCCGGCUGCGGUGACGGUAUACAAGUUUGGAAUCCAUCAGGUAAACUGAUCGGCAAGAUUUUCCUUGGAACGACAUCGGCAGGUUUCAACUUUGUUGGAAAUGGUGGCAUAGUUAUUACCGCGGAGACGGACUUGUAUUAUGCGAAUGUGGCAGCACAGGGAGCUUAUGUUGAGAGCGAGAUGUAA